AUUAUUUAAGGAAUAAUCGUUUAAAAAUAGGUAUUAGUAAUAUUUAGUAUUUGGUAUGAUUUGGUUGUGGAGCAUAAUCACUGGUAACAUGAACCUAAUCCUCAUGUUAUCAGUUUUCCUUUGGAGUAAUUCGCUUUCCAAAGAGUACAGUAUUGAACUAUUAGAAGAAAUAAUAGACAAUAGAUAUACAGACGAUAGCUUGGAAAAUUUUAUUAAAAUCCAAUCAGAUUGGGAAAGAUAUAAGAUUGAAUUUGAGAAGCAAUAUAACAGCCCAGAUGAAGAAUUAAAAAGAAUGAAGACAUACAUGGAUAAUUCAAAGUUAAUUGAGAAGCAUAAUGACCUUUUUCAGAGAGGCGUUUAUACAUACGAAUUGGGCCAUAAUGAGUUCUCAGAUCUUAGUGAUGAAGAGUAUCAAGAAUUAUACUCUCAAGAUCCUAUACAAGAAGGUGAUAAUUACCCCACAAUAGAAACUACUUAUCAUGAAAGGCCAUUAAAUUUUGAUCUAUCUAGCCUUGUUGAUGCUGUGGAUGAUAGUAGUUUAAUUGAUGAUAACAGCAGUUCCAAUGAAGAACUUUCACCUAGUUUUGCAAGACAUAUACAAGAUGGUAAGCCUCCUUUUUCCAUUGACUGGAGGAAACUUGGUGGUGUUACUCCAGUUAAAACGGAGGGAAGUUGCGGUGCGCAUUGGGCGUUUAGUGCGACUGGUUCCUUAGAAGGCCAAAUAUUCCGAAAAUUUCACCGUCUAGUAUCACUAAGUGAACAAAACCUGAUCGACUGCGCUGGCAAAAAAUAUCACAACAAUGGAUGUAAAAAUGGAACAGCCCUUAACGCUUUUAAAUAUGUUAUAAAAAACAAGGGCAUUGAUACAAAUUUAACCUAUCCUUACAAAGGAAAGCAGCAAUGGUUUUGUAAAUACAAGAAACUACCGACAAACCCACAAGUUCAUGGGGUCCUGGUCUUACCAAGAGGAAACGAAACGAAUCUUGCUGCGGUUAUUGCUAAAUCUGGGCCAGUAUCUGUAGCUAUCGAUGCUACAGGUAAUAAGUUCAGGUUUUAUAUCAGGGGAGUCUAUAAUAAUCCACAUUGUAACAGUGUAAGAUUAACUAGGGAGAUGACCGUUGUUGGAUAUGCUCCUAAUUAUUUUAUUUUGAAAAAUUCCUGGGGACAUAAAUGGGGUUUAAGUGGAUACAUGCUACUUGGAAGAACUGGACAUAACCAGUGUGGAGUUGCUACUAGAGCAGUGCUACCUUUAGUAUAAACUUAUUUUUAAUUUUUAUAUGUAGUACAGAUAUAUAAUAAUGUGAUAUGCCAAAGAAUUAAAAAAAAUAGAGGUUACAAAUUUU